UAUUAGAGAUGAUAAUUAUUGGUGAAAAUAAAAAUAGAAACAGAUCCCGCUACAUUUUAGUUCCAAGCGGGAAUUAUUUUGUUAUCCUUUAAAAAAAAACUGUUUUUAAUAUAUAACUACGUGAUUGUUAUCUAUAAUCCUAAACAAUCUUCUCUCUCAGAAAACCGUCCAAGUUCUAUUAGAGAACAGAAGCUAAAGCUUCUACUCAAGGACUAUGGAUUUCAUGGAUUCAGAAACACAAGAACCAGAAGAUUUACCACAUCUGGAAGCUGAGUACAACAUGCCUCCUACACUUGCUCCAGAAUGCAAAAGCUUCAAAUGGAAAAUAGAAGUUAUAGAUAUCAAUGGAAACAUAGAAGGCAAAAUGGUUACAUCUAAAGAUAUCUGGAAAUUGCAAAACAGUAGAGUCAUUGUGCAUUUUGACGAAACUAGCGGCCAACCAAUUGGAGAAUCAGGAGGCUUGCUAGGAUCAUGGUUAGGUCAAUUAAGCAAUGAUGUGAAUUUGCUGCCUAUUAAUUACAGUGAUUGGAGGUUGGUUAAUAUUCACAUCAAAAACAAGGUCUGGGAAGUAAUUCAGUCCAAAUUCUGGUUUGAUGAUCCGACGAUGAGAAAAGUAUAUGUGAUGGGUGCAUUAGGCAGCAGAUGCAAAGACGUCAGAUUACGUCUUUGGAAAGAGUACAAACGAGAUAAUUUGAGUGACAUGUUGCAGAACCGACCUGAGCAUAUUCCUGAGAAUCAGUGGGGUCAUUUCGUUCACAUGAGAUUUACUGAAAAAUGGAAGAAAAUGCAAGAGAGGAAUACAAAAAACCAAAAGAAACAUACAAUGCCUCAUGUAUGUGGAAGAAAGAGUUUUUCAAGGAGAAGAAAUGAGAUUAAAAUCAAGACUGGAAAAACACCAAGCCGAGCAGAGUUUUUCAUCGAAACUCGUACAAAACCUAAUGGAAGCUUUGUCUCUGAAGAAGCCAAAACACGAGUGGAAGCACUUACAAUAUUAUUGAGCCAAAAUCCACAUGCCACAAACCAUGCUCCAGCUAGCUUGGAUGAUGUAUAUGCUCAAGUUUUUGGUCCAGAACGUCCAGGACGAGUACGUUGUCUUGGUCGUGGGCCUACACCUUCGAAGCUGGUGAGACGCUCAACUGUAACUAUACAAGACAUAGAAAAUUCUGGAAUGGUUGUAGAGUUGAAGACACAAGUAAAAGAACUAUCUGAUCAAGUCAAGGGAAUGACCACAUUCAUCCAGCAAAUUAUUGGUACUUCAACCGGUGAACAGGCAAGAGCAUGGGCUGCAAGUUUUGCUGUAGCUUUUGCUAAUAUUCCAAAUCCAACUUUUGCCAACAUGCCAACUCCACAAAAUCCUGAUCAGGUAAAUGAUGAUUCUAUAUUUAUUUCAUUAUCGAUAAGUAUUUAGAUGACACACUAAUUGUCAUAUAAUUUUAUGUUAGGAAAUGGAAUGAUGGCGUUGAUGGAUUUCAAAACGUAGGGAUGCUGCAAGUGAUUGUAAUUACGUCUUUUUAACAUUGCUUCUUAUUAACUCUAGUUUGUUUAUGUUUUAUGUAUUUGCA